CAAGUUUACACGCACACGACCAGAUGCGCCGAAUGCGUUCACUCCCUCCAUUCGUUCGCUCCCCUCACUAGCUCAGUCAUUCGGCCGCCUGCGUCGUGUAUAGACGUGCGACGUGUUACAGCACGGACCGCGCGUAUUCACCGACGUACGAAUAAAAAAAAAAUUAAAAACUCCUGGCUUGUGUUCACGUGUAAUAUCACAAAGAGUACCGCUGUAUAGACGAACUGGAUCUAAUUUUUUGGUUUGUUUCACUUAAGUGCAAAAUGUGAUGUGAUCAGCGAGCGUGCAAUCCUGUGUAACGUUGCAAAGUGAACUAAAGUGUUUCAGAAUUGGUAACAAUUUCGGUGGUUUUACUUUUAAUUUGGAUGCUUUCGUGGAGAUCUUGGCAAUCGGUUGAAUUACAGCGAUAAAACGUCAACGGAUAUGUAAGAUAACUGAUGCGGACGCCCGGCACAACUUCACCAAUAGUUUUAGUAUGUCAAUGGAUACAAUAAGGAAUUCGAGGACUCAGCGCAGCACCGGCUUUAGAAUAUCCACGAUGGCGCCGCGUCGCUUCGGGAGCUCACUCGCGGCUUACGCCACAUUUAAAACUGUUAUGAUUCUCCUAGUAUGCCUUGAACUGGCGCUGGUGAGCGGUGCGUCGGCUCUCGCAAACUGUCCCGGCGGUUGCAGCUGCAAUGACGACACUCUCGUCGUGGUCUGCGAGGAAAGCCGUUUAGAUGUCCUCCCCAUCGCCCUAAACCCCUCCAUACAAAGACUCAUCAUCCGCAACAACAAAAUAAAAACCAUCGACAGCUCUAUGCAAUUUUACGCAGAGUUGCAACACUUGGACCUCUCACAGAACCAUCUAGUUAACAUACCUGCAAAAAGUUUUUCUUAUCAGAAAAAACUACAAGAACUUCACUUGAACCAUAACAAAAUUUCGUCAGUCACAAACACCACCUUUCAAGGACUAAACUCUUUAACCGUGCUCAAUUUAAAAAGAAAUUUUUUGGAAGAACUCACAAACGGAGUUUUUUCUACAUUGCCAAGAUUAGAGGAGCUAAAUUUAGGGCAAAAUAGAAUAUCGCGUAUUGAACCUAGGGCUUUUGCUGGACUUUCUGCCCUAAGAAUACUGUAUUUGGAUGACAAUCAGUUGAGCUCCGUACCUACUACUUCAUUUAGUCUCUUAGGUAGUCUUGCAGAGUUACAUGUAGGCUUAAAUGCAUUUUCACUUUUGCCCGAUGACGCUUUCGCUGGUCUAAAUAGAUUAGCAGUGUUAGAUUUGAACGGAGCAGGGCUCUUCAAUAUAAGUGAUAACGCAUUCAGAGGUCUCCCAGGAUUAAGAAGUCUUAACCUUUUUGGAAACCGAUUGAGUGUUGUACCGACACAACAACUUUCUGGCUUGACUAGAUUAGAAGAACUAUAUGUAGGACAAAAUGAUUUCAUUGUGUUAGAGAGCCAUUCUUUUAAAGGGCUAAAGAAUCUGAAACUUCUCGACAUAACCGGAGCUACCCUGCUUGAACGAGUUGAAAAAGGUGCUUUUGAGGAUAACAUAAACUUAGAAAGUAUUGUUCUAACCAAUAAUAAGAAAUUAGCUAUCAUUGAAGAAUGCGCUUUUUUAGGGCUACCCAAGUUGCGACAUGUGUCCUUGAGAGAUAAUGCUAUUAUAUCAUUGAGCGAGAACGUUUUUGUAGGUAAAGAACUUAAGCAACUUGACUUAACAGAUAAUCCGAUUUUCUGUGACUGUCAACUAUUAUGGCUUCAGCAACUACUUAAUGAAAAGAGCAACUUCACUCAAAUCCAGUGCGAAAGCCCAGAACAUGUGAAAGAUAAAUAUUUAAGGGUAUUGAGUGCUGAUGACUUAAAUUGUGUUUUACAUGACACAAGGCAACAAACUAUAAUAUGCAUAGCAGUUGUCGCAAUCGUUGCUACCAUAGCAACUCUAGUCUUAAUAUUGUACAGAUACCGUAAGAGCAUGCAAGAGAAACUUAAGGAUUAUAAGUGGAAUAAAGGACGCAAAAAUCUUGAAUAUCACAAACCAAUCUCCACUGAGGAAGAUUGCAUACUAGAGCUUUACGCCUCCCCGAGCGUGUUUUUCAUGUCAGGCGGCCAGGGCUCCGCGAGACGGCCGCAGCGCUCGGGAGGAGGCGGCACGAUGCCCGCUAACGGGUUCACCUACAUCGGAGGCGAUGGACGUCAUCAACACCAACCGCUUACCCUCAAUAACGGAGCACCCGUUCAUCACUUAAACAAUGGUUCCUUGCGCUCAUUACCGGACAAGAAAAACAACCGCAAUGGCGUCGUAUGCCAUCCAGAAAACUUCCAGCGAAAUCUUGAUACUCGGUACUCUAGGAAGCAAGAGAAUGGCUACAUGCGUAAUUCGGAAACUAUAAUAGGUUUUCCACGAGACAGAGAGAGGGAUAGGGACUACGAGCGGGAAGUCCCGGAUUACAGUGAACCGGAGUACUCGAUCAUCCCGGAGGGAGGGUACGGGCGAGUCGAGGACUUCCCGCGGUCCUGCAGCCACUCUAAUACCUUCAACUGUUGAGUGAUAACUACGAACUCUUUCAACUAUUUGUGAUCUUGUAAUUCUAGCAAUAAAUCUUCAUUCCAUUAUUAUUUCCUUAUGGAUGGACUUCUUUUGUGAUGGACGUAGUGCUCUAGGACUUUAGUGUUUCGGGUCCGGUGUACGUUUGACCAGCGAGGACUAUCCUAUAUCGUAUUCGAUUUAAGAG